UUGGGGCGGGGCGAAUAUAAGGAGCGCUCCGGGCCGGCGGCGUGCAGAGCCGGCUCGGCCCCCACCUCGACCGCCCGCGGGACAUGAAGACCCCCGGCGAGGUGCUGCGCGAAGGCGAGCUGGAGAAGCGCAGCGACAGCCUGUUCCAGCUGUGGAAGAAGAAGCGCGGCGUGCUCACCCCCGACCGCCUGCGCCUCUUCCCCGCGGGCCCCGGCGCGCGCCCCAAGGAGCUGCGCUUCCACUCCAUCCUCAAGGUGGACUGCGUGGAGCGCACGGGCAAGUACAUCUACUUCACCAUCGUCACCACCGACCGCAAGGAGAUCGACUUCCGCUGCCCGGGCGAGAGCUGCUGGAACGCGGCCAUCACGCUGGCGCUCAUCGACUUCCAGAACCGCCGCGCGCUGGAGGACUUCCGCGGCCGCCAGGAGCGCGCCGCGCCCGCCGCGCAGCCCGAGUCCCGGGCGGCCCGCGCGCCCUGAGCCCGCGUCGCGAAGCACACGCUGGACCGCACGGGCCGCUGCCGGGCAGGAGCCCCGGGGGUGCCCGACGUGUCGGGGAGCCAGGCCGGCUUCCACCCGCGGACCACGCGAGGACAAGGCGGCGGCCCCGACCUCCCGCGGACCCUCGCCCCGCUGUGCGGGCGCCUUAACUUAUUACUGGACUAUGUAUUUAUUUUGUUGUUACGCCGUUCCGUCUUAAUAUUUUGUUUUUGCAUCCUGGUGCCAUUCCAAAUAAAUGUGUCGAUAUGUGCUUUUU